ACAACCUCUGCAGGGAUCAAGCAAAACGUUUCGACACUAUGGGCGGCAAUCUCUCCAUCGUUUGUGGACUCGGAGCCAGCGACAGCGACCCGCAAUUGCACUACCAGAGGAAAGACUUUGCACGGAGUUUCGACCAACCGACAAGCAGUCGCGGGCGCUCAAUUUCGUCCGCCACGGACUGCUCGGUGGCCUCCAUCUUGUCCAACCCAGAGCAACUCGUUCCGGACGCCUAUAUGCCCAAGGACAUCCAGGUUCUAUCUCAACGUCGACAGCGCAAUGGCCACCAUCACCACAUGGCGUCGCGUUCGUCCUUCGGCUUUAGCGGCAAGAACUCGUCUAGAGUCAGUAGCUCCUCUUCCAAGGGCUUGAACUCUGUGCGCUUUGCUGGUAACAACGCAGCGGAUGAAAUCCCGUCCAGUGUGAACAAGAAAUACAACUUUGGCAUCAAGACGGCGUCCUCCAGCUUCGGCUACAGCGAUGACGAACCCACGGCGAGUCGAGGUGUGGAUAGCAGUCGCCUUUCGAUGCAAGAGCUGCGAGUUAAGUGAAUGAAAGAGGGGAAUAGGACCAAGUAGGUGUAUGAAGUAGGGGUAGCAAUGUACUAGUAGCGAUAGAUAAAACCAGUGUGACGUAUGAACAGGCAAGUGUAUUUGCUAGCAAGCA